AUGGCUCCUAUUAGCAAGAUCGCAGUCGCGGUCGUCGGAUGUCUCUCCAGCCUGGCGCUGGGAGCUCCCACCGCUACCAGCAACAACGCGCAGCUUCUGGGAAAGCGCGCAAGCAUCAGUGAUGCUGCUACUGGCUAUGCUAGCCAGAACGGUGGCACCACGGGAGGUGCUGGUGGAACCACCACCACUGUUUCCUCCUACGCUGCCUUUACCUCGGCCGUGUCCGGCGAUUCCGCCAAGGUAGUUGUCGUGGAUGGCCCUAUCUCUAAGACAGCGGAUCAGGUGCGCGUUGGCAGCAACACCAGCAUCAUCGGAAAGGACUACAAGGCAGUCCUCACUGGAUUUGGAAUCCUGGUCAAGGGUGAGUCCAACGUCAUCAUCCGCAACCUGGGUGUCAAGAAGGUUCUUGCCGACAAUGGAGAUGCCAUUGGUGUCCAAAAAUCCACCAACGUGUGGAUUGACCACUGCGAUGUCUCUUCUGACAUGGAUCACGGCAAGGACUACUACGAUGGUCUGAUUGAUCUCACCCACGCUGCUGACUACGUCACUGUCUCCAACACCUUCAUCCACGACCACUACAAGGCCUCCCUUGUCGGUCACUCCGACAGCAACAGCGACGAGGACACUGGUCACCUGCGUGUCACCUACAGCAACAACUACUGGUACAACAUCAACUCUCGCGCUCCUUCUCUCCGCUUCGGCACCGGUCACAUCUACAACAGCUACUACCUUGACGUUUCCGAUGGCAUCAACACUCGCCAGGGUGCUCAGGUCCUGGUUGAGUCUAACGUUUUCUCUGGAAGCAAGAAGCCCCUCUACUCCACUGACGGCGGCUAUGCUGUUGCCAAUGACAACGAUUUCGGUUCUGGAUCCAACGCUGCCAACGCGGGUACCCUGAAGUCUGUGCCUUACAGCUACAGCCUGCUCGGCUCCUCCAAGGUGCAGAGCGCUGUUGUUGGAACCGCCGGUCAGACCCUUACCUUCUAA